AUUGUGUAGAAGUUGGAUGAAAUGUUCUGUAGACAUCAAUUCCUUCUUCCUGGAGCUGCUGGUCACAAGAUGGAUCCAGGAGACCCUGCUGGUGACCCCGCUGCUGGCCCAUGCUGUGUCAUAGGUCAGGAUCCCCUGCUGCUCCUCCAGAAUCUGUGGAAGCUGUGGUCUACAAAGGAGCUGCAGCAGCUCAGAGAGGAAGCCUGGAGGGGCUUUGCUGCCCUGUAUGACCCACUGGCUGGACUGCUGGACAUGCUGGAGGACAGCCAGGGCUGGCGGGGGAAAGGCCCCUCUCUGAAGACCUGGGUCACUCGAGAGCUGCAGCGCUGGCUGCAGACACAGCCUACCCCUCAGGUUUUCCAGCACAGCCCAAGGCUAACACAGCUGCAGGCCCGUGCAGUGGGGGUCCUGGCCAAGAGCCCCCUGAGUCUGGUGGAGCCACUGGUCAACAUCUUCCAGCUUGAGGAUGCAGACAGGAACCCCCUCCUGGAUCAUGUCCACCACCUCUACCAUGAGGGAAAGUUCAAAGAAGCAAUCAUGCUGGGCACGAAGUUGAAGCUGCAGCCAGAACUGGAUGUUGAAAAGAUGAGCAUACCGCUGCUGUUCCAGGACAAGGUGAACCUUGUGGAACACUAUGUGGCUGGCUUCCCUGACCUCCAGAGGAGAUUGCUGGUCCUCAUGGACUCCUGGUGCCAGCCCGACUUUGACAUCGGGGACGUAGCCAGGCAGUACCCCAAAGUGACCUCCGUGAGGCUGGAAAGGCUGAGCCCCAAGGUGCUUAGUCGGCAGGUCCUGCGUCUGCAGCAGCAGUACCAUGUGGCCCCCGCACUGUGUCCCAACAUUGUCACACAGCAGCACCUGGCAGCCCUGCAGUGGCUGUGCUACAAGCGGUUUGUGGAGAAAAGCAUGUCUCAGGGGAGCUGGACUGACCAUGUACAGGGCCUGGUGGAGCAGAGCCCCUGGCUACAGCAGCAGCUGCUCCAGCUGGUGGCCCCUCACAGUGACCUGGCCACAGUCGCCCAAUGUGCCCUGGACCUCUCACUGCCUGAGGAGCAGCUGCCAGAUUCAGUGGCUGCAAAGCUUGUUUGGCUUAGGCUCCAGGGAAGGACAGCUGAGGCUGAUUCAAGAUGGAGGAGCCACAAGAACCUGAAGGAAGAUUUCUACCAACUGCCCAUUUCCAGAGAAAACAUCCACUUCCUGGCCUCCUGGGAGGGCCUGGCCAGGCAUGAGGCCAGCUGCUGCAGGUGUGGCCGGGUGGUUGGUGUGGAUGUGGAAUGGACACCUCCAUUUGCUGCGGUGGGCUGGCCCCGGGCAUCGCUCAUGCAGGUGGCUGAGGAGGGCCAUGUGUUCCUGCUGGAUGUGCCCGCACUCUCGCAGCCACCAGGAGGGCAGGGACAGGCCUUCUCCCGGGUGGUUUUGCAGCUCCUUUCAGAUGCCUCCAUCACCAAGCUAGGUUAUGGGAUGGCGGGAGACUUGAGGAGCCUGGGCUCUGCCUGCCCUGCCUUGGCCCAUGUGGAGAAGCAGAUUCAGGGCAGUGUGGACCUGCUGCCCAUUCACAGGCAGAUGCAGGUGAUGGACAUGGCAGCCCCUGCUGUGGAUGGAACUGGGAGGCCACGGGGCCUGAGCCUUCUGGUGCAGCAGGUGUUGGGCAAGCCCCUGGACGAGGCGCAGCAGCUCUCCAACUGGGAUCGGCGGCCGCUGCGUGAGGCGCAGCUUACCUACGCAGCUGCUGAUGCCUACUGCCUGCUGGAAGUGCACCGAGCCCUGUGCAGAGAGCCUGCCCGCUUCCACCUGCUGACAGACCUGGGCAGAAGCCAGAGGCCCAGGCUCAGUGAGAGACCAGGGUCCCAGAAACCUCACCCACAGAAAGCCCAGGCCACACCCAGGCAGAUGUGUGAUGAAGCCCAUCAGAGUCCUGGGCAGGACAGCAGAGCCUGGCAGUCAGCAGUGGACCAAUGGCGGCCCCUCCUGACACUGGGCCUGGCGUCUCCCCACCAAGUGGCGUCUGCGUUUCCUCCACCUGAUGACACUCUGAAAGUGGAACAGACUGGAGGUGUGGCUCAAGCAGUAGAGCACCUGCCUAGCAAGCGUGAAAGUGGAACAGAGCAGGUCUCACAUCUCAUGGGCACCACUGAUAACGAUUCAUUGCAGGUACCUGCAGCUGGGAAGGUUUCUGUCCCCAAGAUCCCCGCCAGGGACUUCCUCGUGGUAUGUGACACGCUGCAAGGGCUGGCAAAGAGCCUCUGCUGCCUGGGUGUGGAUGUGGUUGUGCUGGGCAAUGAUGAGGACCACCGGGGCAGAUCUGUACCUCAGGGUGUGAGCAGCAUGGUAGUCACAGGUACUGGGCAGCAGGACAUGGACCCUUUUGGAGACCUGCUUUUCAGGAGGGUACCCUCCCCCGCCAGGUUCACCCUCUACCUUGCAACUCUGGAUGCCAUGGACCCCAAGGGGGCAGAGAGCCAGGAGCAGACAGGUGGGUGCCCCAGCCCCAGAAGUACAGCUCCUCACCCUGCUGAUCCUGCUCCCACAGGUGGCCAGACAAGAGGAGUGAAUUGUCCUGACAUCGGGCUGCCUUACUUCACGCUCAGGGCCCAGGUGGGGGCUGGGUGCUGCCUCUCUGUCAACUGCACCCUCAAGGCCCAGCAGCAAGCACAGGCCGUGCUCCGGCACUUCAACGUGCGGGUCACCCAGGCAGACAUCUUCACCCGCUGCCAGGCCUGCAACAGUGAUCAGUACCUAAAGGUGUCUAAGGACUCGAUGAAGCAGCUAGUGCAGCUCAGCAACCAACAGGACUCCAGCAGCACAGAUGAUGAGGCCACCCAGAGCGAGGAGAAGAGGGAGCCAGACCCAGCGGCAGAGGCAGCUGGGAACUGCACUUAUAACCUCCCCUGUCGCUGGCUGGAGGCAGCAGAUCUGCAGGCUGGCACCCCAGUCACACUGGCCAAUGGUACACAACUGCAGCUGGCGGGGGUCCCAGCAGGCGUGCUGAGGAAACCCUGGGUGCGGCACUUCUACUGCUGCACAGGCUGUGGCAAGGUCUUCUGGGAGGGAUCCCACCUGGGCCGUGUCAUUGAGCACUUCCGAGAGGUCUUGGAGGGUGCCCCCAGCCCCUGAGAGCCAAGUUGCCUCCCAUCCCAGCCAGCAGCUCCUUCUGAGGACUUGGCAGCCAUGGGCAGCUGGACAAUAAAUGGAGCUCAGAAUUCCCCGGAUGGCCGGAGGAACAGUAGUCCGGACGAUGGCUCAGCGCGCCGUCGCCCGGACACGCCCCCGAGACGCCGCCGGUACCGCCCACGCCCCGCCCCCACAUGGGCGCGGCCCAAUCGCCAGCCCGCCGGCGCGCGCGUCACGAGCGCCCAUUGUUAUGCAAAUAUAAGGGCUGUAAAAGGCGCCCGGGCGCGGCGGGCGAGCAAGAAUCUAGACGCGGGGGGACGCUCGUGGGGACCGCGUGGGAACGCAACCGAGCCCUGCAAGGGCCGAGACCGUGCGCAUCGUCGGCCCCGGCUGCGCCCGGCCCCGUCGCCCGCCCGCCCGCCCGGGCGCGGCUGGAUGCGGCAGGGGCCCCUUGGCGGCGGCCCCCGGCCCCGAGCGCCCGGAGCGCGCAGGGGCGGCGUGAGGGGACCGGGGGCGCAGCGCCCUCCAUGCGCCGAGGCGCGCCCCAAGACACGCCCCGAGGCAACCGGGGACCCGCGCCGCAGCCGCCGCCCGCGCUGA